GCGUGUAGGUACCCAAAGUGCAGUGCAUUGAAUGGUGGAGAGUGACUACUGGUUGGGGUUAUCAUGUGGAACGGAACCUUCUCGCAUCCGCUUUUGUUUGGAUGACAUGUAGAGGAGGGCGGAAGUCAUUGAAGUGUAUUGGGGGUCGCCCAGGCAGCUGCAACAGGUUAAUGGGAAGUGAAGUGAAUGGUUUAACUGGCGAUGAUUAAUGCAAUUUAGAAAACUUCAAUCUCUACUGAUCGAUUUAUUGCCCUAGUUUUAAGGCCACUUACAUCUGGUCAGUGUGACGGGAGAAUGAUUAGUUUCUAAAAAGCUUUAGAAAGUUUUGCAUGGUCGCAUGGAGCAGAGCCAUGAUAUAAAUAAGUAUAGACAACACUUGUGACGUCGUUAGUCGCGUACAGAUUGGUCGUCGAAUGUGAAUUGAGCACAAUGCUGAGGGAUUCACAUUGAAGAUUGAAUUGAAUGCAGCAUCUCAUAGUGGAAUAUGUACCUUCGUCGUAGAUGUUGGAUGGUGUAUGACUACUAAUGUAAUAUUAUGGUAUCACGAUUCGAACGCCUAAUGGGGUGCUCCUCUAUCCCGAUAGGAGAGACCCUGCCUGAGAGCAACUCACAGUGCUCGGGCCGGGGUGAUUGUCUCAACGGAACCUGUCUCUGUGAGAUUCGCUACAGCGGAGAUGAAUGCUCCGGCUUCAAUCUGCCCUAUCAUGCGGGCAUAUCUUCCGUUUUCUACUUUGUCGCUUUCAUCUCAGUGGUACAGCUAAUGAUCUGUAUCAUCGCCGAAUAUCAGAGGCUGAAACAACCGAGUUUUUUGCGAGCGUGUCGGUUGACAACACAAAAGUUGCUCUACUUCUUUGUGUUUAUUGCAUCCGUACUGCGGGGGGCGUACUUCACUACACCGGAAACCCUGCAACCAGCAUGGGUCUCUUAUCUCAUGUCGGCGUAUUAUCCGCUCGUAAUGACCUGUGCAUCGCUGGUCGUAUGCCUAUGGGCCGAGAUUUUCCACCUGCGUGACAUCCGCUGGGAGCGGUCCCAGUUUCUGUCCAAAAGCUUCCUCGGCUUUCUGGCGUUCAACCUGCUGCCGUACAGUCUGUUCCUGGCGGAAAUUGCCUACUCGCAUCUGUUUUCCGGUCGGAAUACGCACUUCUUCAACGGAUGCUACGCCGCUUUGCUACUGAUUGUGGUAAUCUUCUUCCUGAUCUACGGCGUGGAGGUGUUUUUCAAGGUCCGCGGGGGCUUUGUGUACGACUUCGGAACGGUUCCGAACAGCGAGAAUGUCAAUGCCUCUCAGCUGCACCAGUCGCGCUUCGGGCUGCUGAGCCAGGCGAUAAUGCUCAUUGUCAUCAUCGGUUUCCUUACAUCGGAAACCCUGGGCGAUUUCUGGAAGAAAAAGGUUCCAGUAUAUUCCCGCAACUGGCACGACAUAGUGUUCCGGCUGGCCGAGGUCGGUGUUGCUCUGUGGUUCCCCUGCUGUCUAUGGAACUCGAUGGCGCCGGAACAGCUGUGGAUCUUGAAUCCACGCAAACUCUUGACACGCCAAAUCGACCCGGUUGCGGCCGGGGCCGGCAGCUCCAAGGAACCGGAGGCUUCCACUUCGAACGCCGAGGAGGGCCAAUCGUUUCUCGCCAAGAAAGACUGCUGGAUAUGCUACGACGGCGAGAAGCAGGAACCGCUCAUUCAGCCGUGCAAGUGCACCGGUGACGUCAGCUCGGUGCAUCACGAGUGCCUGCGGCGCUGGCUGGUGGAAAGUUGUGCCAAUUCCGACACCGUACUGAAGUGCAAAGUGUGCGAGUCGCCCUACGAGAUCGAGCGAUCCAAUCGUCUCGACUGGGAGAAAGGCUUCACCAUCCAGCACUGGGCCAAAACGAUCAUAAUUGUAACGCUGAUGUGUAUAACCGGCGCGGGCGCAUGGGUCAUCAUUCAGCUAAACGAGGACUCGUUCGUCCGGGUGCUGGUGGCCGGCUUUGCCAUCAUCAUCGGCUACAUACUGUUUAAGAUGCUGGGCGAGAACACGGUAACGGCGAUCGAGCGCGCCAAGGUAAGCUCGAUCAAUAUCGUGACUUCGUCCAGUGACCUGAACGGCAGCGGCGGAGUGCACGAAAAGCUCAACACCAUCUGUCAGGACGUGGAGUGCAAGUAAGUAGAGAACGGGAGAGAUAUCUACUCACCAAACAACAACAAAAAUAUAUCUGUGACUGAACCGUAGCCGAAGUAGGAUGUGAAGACGUACAAGAGAAGGAGUAUGGUGAUUAUGGUUCUUUAGGUUGUAAGUGAAAUUGUCUUUUAGUAAUGGAGAUAGAAGACUGGAGAGGGCAAAUGUCGCUGGAGUUCCUUUUACUCGCAACGAUAGCGACAUUCUUUCUCCAUAGUUUAUUAUCUCAAUUAUGUUAGUCGAUAUGGCAACGUGUAAGUUGUUUUAGUAGCCCGUGGGAGGUGGAUUCAAGCUACACACACAUGGAAACAUAUUUAACGAAACGGCCCCAAAAUGCGUAAAAAUCGUUUUACGCUGUGCCGAUCAACUGUAAUAUCCCUGCUCUAGCUUUUUAUAUAUUUACUUUUACAACUAUGAAUAGUCGAAAGUGAUCGCAAAAAAUCCAAUCUCAUUAAUCAAGACAUUAGUAACCUACGACUGUCCCAAAUUUCUUGCAUAAACAAUGCAUUUAUGUAUUCCACAAGCAUACAGGGUAUGAGAGAUAAGUCGAUUAAAGUUUUUUUUAAUUGCUUACUUUUACUGAUAACUUACUUCAGAAGCUAGAUAAGAUGUAUCAAAGGUCAAAUUUUAUUUGUUUAAAUGGUGGUGUUACAUUUCCCGGAGUUCUGUUUCUUUGAACACCAUUUCCCAGAACCCGAUUUUUCGGAAUAACCCAUUCGAGAGGUGUAAUUUCAAAAAAUGUGAUACCAUCGUUGAAACUCUCUUGGAAAAAUCAAUUUAUGGUAUGCUAUUGAACUUCUAAAUAAGUUUUCUGCAAAUGGAAGUAAUUUCAUGUUCGGGGUUGUUCCCAUCCCUGUAGGUGAUGAAUGAUGAAGCCAGCUGGAUCAAUCUUAGUUUUAUGGGAAAACAAAAACUCCUUAAUGCGAUCGUUUUCGGUAAUCAUUGACGAAACAUAUUUAACAUCUCCCAUCCCAUUUAUAUCCGCGUUUUCUGUUGAAUCCCUUUCUUUGUGUUAUAUUUAGACGAUAUGUUGAUAUUUUUCUUAUCAUCUAGCUUUAUUGAUUAGCAAACAAAUUGCGAUACUUAUGUUUAGUAAGCAGCAAAACACUUAUCAUGCGUUAGAACCGUACUAAUUUCUGAUCUAUGUUUUUUUUUUUAUCAUAUGUGAUUAUGGACAAGUAAGUUAGUUAACAAAACCAUACGAGGAAAGUGAAUAUACACACCUUAUCAACAAAGUGAAAGGUUAGUAGAAGAUUAAUUGGAUCGAUUUCCUUCCGCGCGACUUUUUUUGGCUCGAUUCAGGGUGGAGAAAAAUGCACCAAAGUGAGAAAAGAGUGAUUUUUAUCGAAGGCAAAAUUCAUCUUAAAUUAUAGAAAAAAAAACUGAACCCCGAAUCGGCGGUGAUACAACAAAGCUGGCAUAAGUAGGUCAAUUUACUAUAUCCUCUAGCGAGAACAAUUACAUAUUACUAACUACUAUAUGCUAACCUCUAGGGCGCUUAGAAAGCAAUCAGGUCUAGUAACGCGUGUGUGAUCUCAUGGCAUUUUGGAUUGAUGAAGUUGGAAUUUGUUCCUUCGUUUAGGUAUUGGUAGAAACGAGAUUCAUGUUUGGUAAUUUAGAAACCGGAAGGAAAUCGAUAGUCGAACUACGUAUUUAAGGCUGUAUUUUAAGUACAUGUGUGAGUUAUACCCAAAAUCACAUGCAUCGGACUGUUUCCAAAAAAAAUAUGAAAGUGUAGCACAAAAGUUUACAUUUUGCAAGCCGAAAUUAAAUGAACUGCGCACGUGUGUGAUGAUUUUAGUUGUACUGUGUUGGUUUGCCUAAAUCUAUUAUAUCGUGCAUCAUCUUGAACCUGCUGAGAAAACAAUUGGAAAUCUUUUUCAACUGAACUUGAUUUUUUACGGAUUAUCUAUUAUUUUUUAUUACACGUGAAGCGUAUGUGUAGUGAAUACUGACCCGAGAUUGAAGCCAUGAUUAUUAGAUCGAUGCGUACGAAAAGAAACAGAAACAUCUAGCAAUUGAGUCGACAUUUUUACUCCUGAACACUUUGAUCAUGCAGAUGAGAAACACAGGCACACCUUUAUGUUGAAAGAGAUUAAACAAUGGAUAAAAUGCAACUAAAAACUUAGUUCAAGUUCCACAUUGAAGGAAAAAAGUAAAAUAAAACAAACUGUUUUGAAUCAUGUA